CUUAGAUCAUCAAUAUUAAGACAAGGUGAUUGACAGUAUCUCUAAUUCUUUUUUAUACAUGAGCGAAAGGAACUCCAACGCGUACAAAACAAAUUGAGAAAUGAUGACAAGCUUCCCUAAACUCUUCUCCUCUCCCCCAAAACUUACCUUAAUUCCGGCAUCUUUUAUUCAUCGAUUUCUAAUCUCUCUUCCUUCCGGUCAACCCUCGGCUACAGAAAACAAUUUGACAAACUACCCUCUCUACUUUCUCUCUCAAGAACCCAAUUUCAGAUCGGUGUGGAUUUUCAACCCCGGCGGAAACUGGGAGUUCGGCUGAUGGAAGACAACGACGAGAUGGAGUCUGGUUCGUCAGAAGGGACGGAAUCUCCAGCGCCGCCGAGAUCCGACGGGAGGAUAGCGGUGACGGUAGCUGUCCCUGCCCCUCCACAAAGCAGCAAAUGUCUGGCCCUGGCUUUACCCGUGCAGCAACAGGGGAAACCGGCGAGCGGCGGGCGAGAAGAUUGCUGGAGCGAGGAUGCGACGGCGGUGCUGAUUGACGCCUGGGGGGAGCGGUACCUGGAGCUGAGCCGGGGGAAUUUGAAGCAGAAGCACUGGAAAGAGGUGGCGGACAUUGUUAGCAGGCGGGAAGGGCAGACGAAAACCCCAAAGUCAGAUGUGCAGUGUAAGAACCGGAUGGACACGGUGAAGAAGAAGUAUAAGCUGGAGAAGGCGAAGAUGGGAGGCGGACAUGGGCCCAGCAGGUGGGCUUUCUUUGACAAACUGGAGCAGUUGAUCGGGCCCGCUGCUAGGAUCAACUGCAGCGCCGGCGCAGACGGAGGACCAGUGAGGUCCCAUAUCCGGCCACCGGUGCAGCAGAAGCACAGACUGCGGCCUUUUCCGAAAAAGUCUCAGGUGGAUUCGGAGUGGUUGCCGCUUGACGACAGAAAGAGGCGGAGGGAAAUUGUCAAUCUGAGGAGCAAUAAUGAGUUGAAGUCAGGGGAAAGAGGCGGAGAUGAAGAGGCAGGAGGGAAUUGGGGGAAAUCAGUGAGAGAGAUGAGCGGGGCGAUAUUGAAAUUCGGGGAAGCGUACGAGCGAACGGAGAGGGCGAAAAUGGAGCAAAUGGUGGAGAUGGAGAAGCAGAGGAUGAAGGUAGUGAAAGAAAUAGAGCUGCAGCGGCUGCAGUUCUUCAUGCAAUCACAGAUGGAUCUUUUCGGGCGAGCGAGCAACCUUUACCAGCGGUAACACCAUCCGCCCCUGCACGGGACUAAUUAUGAAUGCAUGAAUGAAUGAAUAUCUAAUUGAUUUGGUAGCUAGCUAGCUAGCUAGCUCUUAAUCCUCAUUCAUCUUCUUCGCCUGGGGCAAUCUUGAUUGCUUUAGCCUUUAAGUUAAUUACAUUCUUCGUCCACCAGAAUCGUCCUUCUAAUUCGUUCCAAAAUUUCAUUUCACAGAUCAUCGCCUGUUACUCAGCUCAGUGGAUACUAACUAAUUCACUCCAUCAUGAUUUGACUAGCAGAUGGAUGGAUGAUACACUACUUUUCAAACUUAGCGUUACUCAACAUGUCAAAUUGAUAAUUAACUAUUAAAUGUUGAAUCUAAACGCUAUUAGUGUGUUCAAUCUACACUUUUCUAUCUCAAAGUCUACCUCCC